AUGGCGGCCCCAAUGAUAAGCCCUUUCAUCCAGGAACUGCCCGAAAAGGAGAGAGCGAUUGCGCUGGAAGCAUUAAGGAAAUACGAAGCAGAACAUGGGAAGUCGGAGCCGGACGUUGGUCUCGAAGAGGUGUUCGAUGAUGAGCUGGACGAAAUGCUGCGAGAAGAGUUUGAGGGCCUCGCGAUGGAAGAGGAAAACUGGCAGUCAUCGGGAAAAGGCGAACCGAAGAAGCCUGUGGUGGUUCGACAGCCAUUCGAAGUGGUACCUCAAAGCGCGGAAAACCAGGCCUAUGUUGAGAAGUUCAACGACUGUCUAAAGCGGCUCGCGAAAGAUGCUUCUGACGAACGACUGGCGCAAGAAGUGUGGAAAUGGUACCGUCGCUGUAAACAGGUUGUGCCAGAGUUUCUGCAAUCCAUUCCCGACGAAGCCAUGGGGUUGCUGUGGAAAUCCCAAGCACGCGGGGGCGCCUUAACCUCGCGAGUCCCCCAUAUACAGAUCAUCGCAGAAGACGCUAUGUCUGUCGGCAAAUCCCUACCAACUCGGCAUCUACUCUCCUACAUCGAUUCUCUCCACCACUCCGGUAAGACGAAAGAGGCCCUAGACCAGUGGGAAGCGCACCAGACAGGGCUUUCGCAGAAGAAGGACGAUCUUGAAGCAUACUGGAGACUGGGAGUGAGACUUUUCGCAGCAGAGAAUGACCCCCAGCGAGCACAAGAUAUUGCGCUGGCUUUUUUGGCAAACGACAAGUCGCGUCAGCCUCGAAUUCUCAUCCCCGUUAUCACAGCCUGGGGCAGACAGCCCGGAAAGGAAGCAGAGGUGAAGGCGUGGGCGCUAUAUCUACAGCUGAAAACCUUCCUCCAGCACAACAUGACGAUGGAGGAUUACGACAACAUCAGCAUCAAUCUACUAAAGUCCGGCCGGCCUAGCCUGGCUAUCGCGGUGUUCAAAGAUAUGAUGGUCACCGGGCAGGACCCGUCGAACGAUUCGACCUCGCUCUACAAGAACGCCGUGGGCCUAGCGGGCAAUCUCCAAGCGUCCAGUAUUUCCGAGCGUGAUGUGAACAAGAUCUCGCUCGCCACGCUGACGGUCCUACCUCGCCGGUUCCAGAACCGGUUCUUCUACGCCAGUUGGAUGAAGAAGCUGAUCGGAAUGGGCGAGGUUGACUCUGCCGCAACGGUCAUCGAGUUGAUGUACGAGCGAGGUGUCAAGCCAGACCCCAAGCACCUGAACGGCCUCAUCGCCGCCUGGCUCCGCGAAGGCAGCCCCUCCGCGCGGAUCAAGGCCGAGCAGCUCGGAUGGGCGAUGGUGCAGCAGCGCAUCGACGCGAUUUGGGCGCGCGCCAAUUCUCAGGAGAAGCCUCCGCAGCUGCGGGUCAACCAAGACACAGAGGACGUGCGCAUGCCAAAGUUCAUGCAACGGACUAUCCCACCGGGCAACAUCGAAACCUUCUCCAUCCUCCUCCUCCACUACACCCGGCGCAGCGACGACGGCAUGAUCAAGUACCUGGUCAAAUGCCUCGGCGAUGCGCGCAUCCAGCCAAACUCCUACUUCAUGAACCACCUCCUGUACGCCGAGCUAAGAAAACAGGACAUCGCCUCCCUUUGGAACAAAUUCCAAACCAUGUCUACCUCCAUCCAACCCGACCUCGAGACCUACGCCUGUCUCUGGGACUGCGGAAAACUGCAGUACGACCGCGGCCGCACGGCCUUCGUCGCUGGCUUCCCGUCCGCUCGCGAGCUCUACGCAGACAUGAUGCGCUGGUACGCCCAGCUCCCGGCGCGCGGGAAGGCCCUGGCGCAGGAAGAAUUCUCCAAGGAACUCUACGACCAGAUCAUCCGCUGCUUCUGUCUGUCCAAAGACCUCCCGGGCACGCUGGUCGCGCUGUUCUCCCUGCGCGCGAUCUUCAACUUCCACCCGGACGAAGUGACAGCCCGGUUGAUCGUUUUGCAGGUCGCCCGACUAGCCGGUGUCCCCGCCGGCACGCCGAAGCGUCGUCUGCGACGGCUCUCGACCACCCCCAAGAGCAAGGAGAACAUCGCCCACGUAAACAGACUCGUCGAGAUCCUGAGCGAGCGCAAGAUCGCGGCCCUGCAAGCGCGCGCUCUCAGCCUCGACACUCUCGAGCCACAGGAACGGGAACAAUACCAGCUCGAGAUCAUGACGGACCUCCUCCGCAUCAUCAUGGGCCGGACGGCCACCGAUCCAGCCCAAGUGGAGGACCAGAUUGCGGCUGCUGCGUCGGCGAUGGGCGUCGCGGGGAUCGACCUGGGAUCGUCACUGGAAGACGAUAACCUACUGCCGUAG